AUGACAACGUCACUGCUGCUCCGUCCUCGCUGGGUCGACCCGUCGGUGAUGUUCCUCUACGACAACGGCGGAGGUUCCGAUGAAGUGAGCAAGAACAUGGAGGGUUUUGCUGGUGGCAACUUUGCUGCGAACCAGUGCAGGAAUCUGAUGGCGCACCCCGCGUCUCUGGCACCGAGCACGGCUUACUCCUCCAGCGACGUGCCUACCUCCGGCAUGGGCGAGCCAGUCAAACAGUGCAGCCCUUGCUCUGCAGCUCAGAAUUCAUCCAGCGCGUCCCUGCCGUAUGGGUACUUCGGUAGCAGUUAUUACCCGUGCAGAAUGUCGCAUCACAGCAGCAUAAAAUCGUGCGGAGCGCAGCCCCCCUCCGCGUACGGAGAGAAAUACAUGGACACAUCCGCCUCGGGCGACGAUUUCACCUCACGGGCAAAGGAAUUCGCUUUUUAUCCGACCUACCCCUCAGGCCCAUACCAACCUGUUCCCAGUUACCUGGACGUUCCUGUGGUGCCAACUAUCAGUGCGCCGUCAGAGGCCAGGCACGACUCCCUGCUGCCUAUGGAGAGCUAUCAACCAUGGACUCUCGCCGCCAACGGCUGGAACGGCCAGGUUUAUUGCGCCAAGGAGCAGCCCCAGCCUGGACACAUGUGGAAGUCCUCCAUACCAGACGCAGUGUCCCACGCCGGAGGAGACUCCGGCUCUUAUCGACGUGGAAGAAAGAAACGCGUGCCAUACACCAAGGUGCAACUGAAGGAACUCGAGCGCGAGUACGCCGCCAAUAAAUUUAUCACGAAGGACAAAAGGAGGAGGAUAUCUGCCCAGACCAACCUGUCUGAGAGACAGGUCACGAUAUGGUUUCAAAACAGACGCGUAAAGGAGAAGAAAAUUGUCAACAAAUUGAAAACCAUCAGCUAG